AUGUCUCAGAAUGCAAAGUCUUCAACGCGCGGCCGAAAACGUAGAACGGUUCCUACAAAAUCUGACUUUACGGGACGCAACCAUUCCAUGAUAGUGAAUGUUCAGAAACAAAGAGUAACAGGAAGCGCUGUCAACUACAAAGAGAGACAGCAACACCUUUUGCCCACAGUAGAAGAUCCCGCCGAUACUGUAAACGAGUUGACGCAAGAACAAGCCGUUGAACAAGACCUUACGAACAGAAAAAAGAAGUUUGCAGAGAUGACAACGGAGCAGCUGAGAAUCUACGCCAUAUGUGUUGAAGUAACACUACGUAAUCGUCAGCCAACUUGA